UCCUUUCCCAUUUCCGGAAUUUCCGCACGUGGUUUCAACAUGGCUGGAUUUGUGGAUUUGAACAUUCCCCACUUACCGGAGAAGGAGUGGCUACGGAAGUUGGUGGAGACUGCCGCUCACCUGGGCUAUUCAACAGUAGCAAUCAAUUAUAUCAUAGAUUAUGAAGAAAAGAAAAAGGAAAUUGUCAAGCCAAUAUCUCCCACAGAAUUGUUUCCAACUUUGCCUCUUGUGCAGGGGAAAUCAAAGCCAAUUAGGAUUUUAUCACGGCUGACCCUGGUUGUUUCUGAUCCAUCCCACUGCAAUAUUCUAAGAACAACAUCUUCAAACAUAAAAUUUUAUGACAUCUUUGCUGUCUUUCCUAAGAAUGGAAAACUCUUUCACGUGGCUUGCACAACCUUGGACGUAGACCUUGUGUGCAUCAAUGUAACUGAAAAGCUGCCCUUCUACAUCAAGAGACCAUCUGUUAAUGUGGCAAUAGAACGAGGCAUAUACUUUGAACUUCUUUACGUCCCUGCCAUCAAAGACUCCACCAUGAGGAGGUACACCAUUUCAAAUGCUCUCAGUUUGUUGCAGAUCUGCCGUGGGAAGAAUAUAAUUCUCUCCAGUGGAGCUGAAAAGCCUCUCCAGCUGCGAGGUCCAUAUGAUGUGGCUAACCUAGGGUGGCUGUUUGGCCUGUCAGAGAGCAGUGCCAAAGCAGCUGUUUCAAGGAAUGGCCGAGCAGUCCUGCUUCAUGGAGAAACCCGGAAGACUGCCUCUGGAGUGGUAUACACAAAGAAGAAACCUCGAACCCCAGAAGAAGAUGAUUCCACUCCAGCCAGCAAAAAAGCCAAGACAGCUUUGUGACCAGAUGAUUCUUCUGUGGAGCACCUAGCAACCCACCCACACCUCCAUACUGCCACACUUAAAAAGAAGAGGAUAUAGCAUGAUUAUGCUUACAUGAAGAGAUGAGUAUUCAUAAUGGUUAAGCCACAAUAGAGUUAUGUGACACAUCUUGGUGGCGGACAUCGGCGACUGCAGAAAAUGUUGUGUGACUUUGUGGGUGGAGGCAGAGAUCCUGCUUCUCAGCUUCCCAACAGAGGGUGUUAACAUAAACUUUUCAGUCAAGAAAUAUUGUGUAUAUAGUUGCAGUCCUUUCUGUAAUGCAGACAUUUUACUGAAGACUACCUUUAUGUCUUGUUACCCCCUCCCAGCUUCAAAAUGUUCCUAGAGAUGGACAUUCAUUUAGCUGGGCUGUAACCUGGGCUAACACCUUUUUAUCAGAUUCUUAAUGCACACACAAAUGCUUGCAGGAAUUUCCUGAAUAGAAUUGUAGGGCUAAUUUGAGCUCUGGGCAGCAGGACUGUACAUGCAUCCUAUAGUUUGCACCCAUGUGAGGAAAUUGUACCCAUAGCGGGGAGAGCCUAGGUUGCUUUAUGUUGCUAGCAGUUUUCUACCCAGAGCUUCAGAAGAGAAAACUGACCUUCCAGAGUGUCUGUGUUACUUGUACUAGGAGCACUGUACUCUGUAGCAGUAACUGCAACUGCCUUAUAAAGGUUUUACAUACCAGCUUUUGUGUGAGAAGAGACAGGGGACUCGGACAGCUGUUACAUGCUUUGAGGGCAGCUUAGUGAGAAGCUGUAGUUUCCAUGAACAGGGUGCAGCUUAUCAGCCCUCUAGCUGAAGUGUGAGCAGUCGCCUUCAUUUUAACAGGAAUCUGUGAACUAAAGCUAGUCUGCCCUUUGUCUCAUUAUCCGAGAAAGUGUGUUCUGCCAUGUGACCAUCUUCCCUUAUCUUCAUAGUUUCCUAAAGCUGAUUGUAACUGGCAUCCUCACCUCUCUGUGAAUGCCCCUAAAGCUUUUCUUUUUAGUGUUACAUUGAGGAUCUAACUAGAUGCAAUGGUGGCAGACUUGUGUUUGAGAAAAAAAAAGUGUGGGUGGAGAGACAAUUUCAUUCAAAGGAUGGGUGGCAGGCAGGCAGGCAGACACAAAUCUUCUUCCAUCUAGUUUCCAAGACCGGAAAGGCAGGGAAGACUGUAUUUUUGGAUUGGAGGCUUCUGUAGCCCUUUGCUCCUACUGUUUCACUUUAACAUCUACCCCCCACUUCAUACCUGUUCAGCACAUUGCAUUGUUUCCAGCAAAUGGGUUGCACUGUUGUCAGUGCUAAUUAGACCCUGCUAACAAGCUGGCAAAAUGCUGCUGAGGGUUUUGUGUGGUGGUCAGGCUGUGUCCUGAAGGGUUGCUGAUGUGUGGACAUUGAUAGGAAAUGCUGUUUGUAGUCGGUAGCCCUGAAACCAUUAAAACAUCAGCAGGAGUGAUGAUAAACAUUAUCAGGCUUGCUUGCGACUUAAAGUGGCUUCGGGUUUGCAGUUGCAGCUUCAAAAAUAUUUCAGAUUUAUUUUGCAGCUGAUGUACAUAACCUGAAAGGUUGCCUCAGAUGUGGCAGAACUGGCAUGGCUUAGCUUUGAUUUUUUUUUUCUCCCUGAAUAAAUUAAGCAUGCUUAAAAGUUGUUUACAUUAUCACUCUCUUUGUCUUUUUUCCCUUCCCUUCAUCACCAACUUUCCUCCUUUAAUUUGACUAAAAUUAUUUAUGCUUUAUCAGUUAUAAAACUGUGUGUGAGGUAACAGUUGAAGAUCAUAGAAUUGAGAGCUCAGCCAGACACAAUUGGCAGUUCUUUAAGGAUGUGGUCACCUUAUCUCAUGUCAGACUAUUGAAAAAUGUGACCUUUAAAGAUUGUUUCCAGCCUCACAUUCUGUACCCCAGUUCAUAAUUUUCAAAGCACCUGCUAACAAGGAAAUUGGAAAUGGUUUUCUUUGGGGCUUAUUAAACAUUUCAUCCCACUUUUGCACCCCAUGUGUCAGAUUCAGACAAAUCAGGACUGAGCAACAUUUGGGGGUCUAGAAGCCAAUUUUCCCCCUUCUAGAAUGGGGAUGGGUACAACUCUGUCCCCUACUGCCAUACCAAUGAUGCAAGGGAGGACAAACACCAUUGCAUUGCAUUCAUAUCCCAGUUUUUUCUCUCUUGUGAGUAGUCCAAGGUGGCUUACCUUGUCCUUAUCCACUCCAUUUUAUUCUCACAACAGCAGUUCUGUGAGGUAGAUUGGACUGAGGGUCUGUGACUGGCCCAAAGCCACCCAGUAAGCUCCAUGGCCAAGUGAGGGCAGGAACCUGGAUCUCCUGGGUCCAGCACUCUAACUACUACACGACACUGGCUUUCAGCAGUUUGCUGUUUUGCCUUUGAUAUACAAACAAAUUUCAGCAAUAAAUCACUGCUGUUUUGCAGUUGCCACUGCAGCCAAUUCAAGAACAACAAUAGGGGAUGUGUGGACCACACAGGAUGUCCAGGGUAGUCCAUGCACCCCUGCUGUACACCCCUGACAUAAUAACAAAUGAAUGUAAAUUGAAAAAGAGCCAUUCUGUUGUUUAAGUCUUAAACAUGUUUUGAUACAAAGUGUACAUAAAAAGCCAUACAAAUAUACAUCACCUUCCUUCCAUGAUCAAGCUUAGAAAACAGCACUGCCUUUCUUGUGCCUAUCCCCUUAAUCUGCAUCCCUUCCUUGUUUUGAACUCUGAAGUUUAGUUCCCACAAACACUGGGUUAAAACUCAUCCGCCACUUCUAGUGGAUCGUAGUAGAAGAGCAUACUGCUCUUUUUUUUAAUUCCACUUUACUUUCCCCUUUCUUACCUCUAUUUUCCAACCUCUGCUUUUUGCUUUUCACAGCUUACUCUGACAAUGGCAAUUCAGCAGAAACUGGCUGACGGUUACAAAUAACUCCCCAUUGAAAAAGAGCUUGAUGGGAAGCUGCUAAUAUGUUCUGCAACGCUGUUGUCUUGUAUAAAAAGAAGCUUAGUGCUCCUGGCUGAUUCAGAUUACCGCAUCAGUAACUCAAGCUCUCUCUGUCACAGCGCUAUCAACAUGACUUAUUGAAAAGAUCAGCAAAGGAAAAUAGCCAAAGAAAUGCUAUCCAAGAAAAGGGGAAAUAUGGAAUCCAAAAAAUAAAUAGGAAUAAAUAAAGCAACUUGAAAUCAGUUGACUCUUAACACUCAAGCCAUGCCUUUGAAGUAUUUUGUACCCAUUCUUGUUCCAUGAGGCACUAACAAAGGCAGUGAAACACACUCCUUCUUCAUUCAGUGAAGAUGACAUUGAUGAAGAUUUCCUUUCCUGUAUAAUGGUACUGCUCUUUGCAUUGAUAGUAGUGUCAUUUUUGCUAAGUAGCUGUAAGUCCGCAGAAGUUUUGAGUUUAGUUUUCAAAAUGUGUCUAUAGGGGUGCUCUUGUAUGAGUUCUCCUUUAGGCUGUUGAAUAUUUCUUUGGUGCCAUUUUGCCAUUGGAGCACAAGAUCCAUUGGAGUUUUCCCUUCCUGUGAAGAAAAGUUAGGGAAAUUAGACAGAGAUAUGCAAAAUUAUGCAUGGUGUGGACAAAGUGGAUAGGGAGACAUUUUUCUUCCUCUUCUGUAAUACUAGAACCUGGUGUUAUCCCACUAGUCUCCUUAGUGGGAACUUCAGGAUGAUCAAAGGAAGUAUUUUUCACAGCAUAGUCAAAUUGUGGAAUUCACUUCCUCACAAGUACUGACAGCCACCAAUUUGGACAGCCUUAAAAGAGGUUGGAGAAAUUCAUGAGAAGGCUAAUGAUGGCUACCAGUCCUGAUGGUUAUAUGCUACCUCCAGUAUCAGAGACAGUGAUGCCUACGUAUACCAGUUGCUGGAGUACUUGGGCAGUACUUGGGUGGUGUUACAUUCAUAGCCUGCCUGAGGGAUCCUGCCAACAGCUAAUUGGCCAUUGCAUGAACAUAAUGCUGGGCUAGAUGGACCAGCACAACUUUUAUGUCCUUAUGUUUUUAGAUUAGUUUACUUUGUACUCCUACCUCUCCUAGAUUUGGCUACCUUCCUCUGGUGGUAGUCUUGUCAUGGCUCUUGGAAGUGACAGAUAAAUUCAGUUAGCAGAUUUUUCUGACUUUUAGAGUGCCGGCCAUCUUUAAAUGUAGUUCAUGAGCAUGAUAAACAUCCAGCACACAAACCCUUAAGGUGUGUUUUUGCCCUUUUCAUCAGUUUGCUUAUUUUUGUUGAUGCAAAAAGGUAAAUUGAGUUAUCCACUACUUACAGCAUUCUUUAUAUUUAGGUCGGCACCAUAGAGGAUCAAGAGUCGAAUCAUUUUAUAGCGAUUCAGCCUCACUGCGUCAUGCAUAGGAGUAUCACCCUCCUAGAAUGGGAAAAUGAAAUGAAUAUAAUGGGCUAUUCAGAGAUCAUGUUGAAAGUACUUCAUGAAUUAUAUCAAUUAUACCAGUAACUAAGCAAAUCCAUCUCCUAGAAUGGAAGAAAAACAUAGAAGCCAGGAAACCACUAAGCAAUCAGUGGCUGGGAGAAAGUGUGCCUGGUUGAGCUUCUAAUGCACCUGCUUAGCCAUGCUUGCUGGAAGUGAUGUGCAUUGGAGUCCAGCAAUAUCUGGUAAGUCCUAGCUUCCUUAAACCUGCUCUGUGUGAGCUGCCCUAGUGAGGUAAAUCAGGAAUGCUCUUACUCUGUCUUUGGCACUGAGAUCUGCUUCACAGGCAAUGAGGUGCUCCCCACAGUCAUACUGUCCUGUCCUUACUGCCACAUGUAAAGGACUGCUGAGCAACUAGGAAAAAGCAAGUAACAGAAAGAAACAUAAUCAGCAUAAGACAAAUAUUACAUUUUUUGUAUUUUAAUGUGAAUUUCACCAAAACAAAACCAUAUGAAAGAAGAAAAUUCAGUUCUCUUAUAAAAUUUAGUCACAAUAGGUGGGCAUGAAAUGUGUAUCCAUAUGUAUAUGUAAAUAUGUAAUCAUUCAAAUUAUCAAUAAAAAGUAUGUAUAACCUUCAGAAAAGGUAGACCAAAUAUGUAUUAUUCAUAGGUGGCAUCCAUAGGUGGCAUCUUAAUAGUGCCCAUUCAAAUUGAAAGGGCCAUCAUUAUAAGAGAUGGAUGUUUACUUUUCAGUAUUGUAAUACAAGUCACUUAGGCAUGGACAAUCCCCUUAUCUUGUCUGUAUGAUAAGUUCCAUACACGUACGUUUAAAAGAAUGAAUGCAUGAGUGCAUCAGUAAGUAUGAAGAAGCAUUCUGAUACUAAGUUUAGCCAUACUAUAACCUGUACCCAAAAAGCAACCACUGGACACUGCCAAAGUAAGUCAAGCAUCAGCCAUGUUACACUCCCAAUAGUUAGAUAAACUGCUGUUAGACAUUGUGACAGUACAAACUGCAAGUAAUAGACUUGGAUCUCAAACAAAUGUCUUCCAUUUAAAUAUAUUUUUAAUUCCACCCACCCCUCAAAAAAUCUAAGCCUGUUACAAACAAACAUAAAAUACCUUGUCUCUAGCAUUUCUGUUUAUUCCUUUGUUUAGCAGGUAUUUCAGGACUUCCACAUUGCCCCCACGACAUGUCCAAUGAAUAGCUGUUGAUUCAAGCUGUACCAGAAGGAAAAGGGCAACUUGAGAUUAAAAUAACUAAUGAACAACAUCAUGGUGGAUAAGGCUAUAAAUGGUUACUGGCCCUGAUGGAGACAUGCUAGCUCAAGCACUGGAGGCAGUAUGGUUAUGUACACCUGUUGCUGAGGAGCUUGGGCAGAUGGGUGCUGUUCAUCUCCCAGUUGUGGAUUUCCUGUGGGCAGCUAGAUAGCACUUGUGUGAACUGGUCUGCUCUGGUAAGGCUCUUUUUAUGUUCUUAUAACAAUGAAACUACAAAAAUGCCUUUUAAAAGUGGGAAUAUUGGCCCAUCUUUCCUACUACUCCUUUGUGACUGACAGGACAUUUAGAGUCUUGGCCAGACAAAGGUUCUUGCCCUGUGGUGCUAGAUAAGUUAUUUUUAACUGAAGACACUUGGGAAGAGCUCUUGGAUCCAUUACAAGGACUUCAGCAAUGAGUUAUGGACCAAAUAAUAAUGGUAUCUUUGGCAACUCCUGGGUUUAAACACUAGUUCCUAGUGACCAAGGCUAGUCUAAUUCAUGUUUAUGUAGGAAACCAGAAAACAGCAUAAUUUCAGAUCGUAUAUAUUUGCCCAUCUACCCCCAGCACUAUCUACUCUGACUGGCAGCAACUCUCUAGAGGUCAUUCCCAUCACAUCCCAUACUCGAUGUUUUCAACAUGAUUGACCCUGAAAAUAAGCUGCACACACAGCUCGUUCUUUGCUGAUAAGCUGCAGUCCCUGCUCGCUUUAAAAGUCACCCUGGCGCAACUGCAGACCUGUUUUCCAUGUAUCCUUCCUGAUGUAAUUUUUGUUCUCCCAGCAGUGGCUCUCAUACUGAACUAUCUACAUAUAAGAACAUGAGCUCAUGUGGUUGGGCUUCCUGAGGCAUGCUUCACUGCAAGGACCAGGAAGGCCAAACCAUGUACUUAGGCUGCUGUAGGAGUUGCUAGAGAGGUAACAAAUAUGCUGGGAAAGGUAUGGGAAAGGGGGAUUGUAUACUAUCCCAGCCCUAUUCAAGGACCCUUUUUGUAACUGUUCAUAACCUGGUCAGUUCUGCACUGUGGUAGUGGCUCUUCCCGCAUUCAGAAUCCAGCAAGCUUUCUGUUGCUUGUACAGUGCACUUGAUUACACAAGACUUGAUUUCAAUCAAAUGUGUCAAUUAUGCCUACUGAAAAGUCCUGUGAGAGCAACUUGACCAAGUUUUCUUUCACAAGCAGAGCAUCACCUGCUACUACACUGAAUGAAAGAGACAUGUGAACCAGCUUCCCAAACACUCUCUGUGUGUGCAUGCUUGUGCAUGCAUAAAACACAUACAUCUGCUGUGGACUUACCAUAUCUUGGAAUUCAAGAUGGGCUCCAGCUUCUACCAACUUUUCCACAACUGCCAGAUGUCCUUCUGAGCAUGCUCUAUGCAAGGCUGUGCGCCUAUACUAUAAAUGGGAACAGUAAUACAGUAGUAAAUAACGAUCUUGCUUAUUUCUCAUAGAACAGAUAUUAAAAUGUGUCAAAAGGUCAUUUUCAGGCUUCUCCAUUUUCACUGCAUUAUAAGGUACCAAAUUCUAUUUAGCAUUUAUAUAAUACAUGUUGAAUAUUCAAAGUCAGGGGUGGGCUGAGACAAUUUCCUGCCUGAGGUGAUGGAUAAAAUGGACAAGACAUACUAAUUUAUGUCUCUAUGUGCAAAUUAUCAUAUGUAAAUAUUAUGCAAAUUAGUGUUUUCUCUAGUUGUUGCAUUUCCUCUAACUUGGUGCCAUAUAAGAGGCCACCCUAAGUGCUUUGUGGUCCCUUAGUUUCAUAUGCUUGUACUAUGACCCCUAAAAUGUGAUUUUAAAACUAGUGACCUAUGAGAUGUGAGUUCUUGCUAGCCAGCUUGCCUCCUUUUUCUUUUUGGCUGAAUUUGUGAGUCAUAUCUACAGUUAUGGCCAUUGCAGAUAGAUGUGUUCUGAGUUGCUUGAAUUCCCAACUCAUGUAUCUUACAAUACUAUUUUAUGUAGGAUGCUGCAUGGGAGUAGAAGGGCUUUAAAAAGAAAAAGAAGAUACUCUAGAAGCAUGAUGAAGCCAUAGAACAGCAUUCUUUUGAAAGUCCAAUUAAUUCCAGUUAAGGAAAAAAAUAGUGAUCAGUGUACAUUUCUUUCAAUGGAAUCACUAGGACAUCAUGCUCUAGAUUCUAUACAUGCAGAAAAAGUUUCUGUACUUGCAGCCAUUAUUAUUUAGUCCUUAUUGUAAAACACAAUUUAUUAAUGGAAAUGUGCAACUGUGUGUUGAUACAUUGGAUAUAAAACAGGCCUGACCCUCAGAAGGAGCCAAUGGUCUGUUGGUGCACUUUUCCAGGUUAUAUUCAAUUUCAGGUUACAAGGGUGGACUCUCCAAUCUAGAUCCUUCUCCACAUGUAAGAGCCUUCCAUGCAGCUGAAACCUUGACACAUCAGGGGAACAAUUUUAGAAUUCUCCCUUCCAUGUGUUGUUUUCUACAUUUCUACCUGUCUUAUGUUUGUUUUUUGUAGCUGGCUCUGGCUGAGAGUUACAUGCUUUUUUCCUAUCAAAACAUGACAUUGCAGCUUAAAUGUUUUUAAUAUAGGUAGUUCCCAGGUUAUGGGCAAGUUCUGUUCCUGAGAAUGUCCUUAAACUGAAUUUGUAUUUAAGUUGAAUCACAUGAGUUAGCCAAAUGUUUGUCUUAGCUUAUGUAUAUAUUUUACCUUUUUCUGCAUAUAAAAUACUUAAGACACACUUUCAUAGUUAUUAAAAACAUCUUAAACACAAUACAGCAUUGUAAUAAUGAUACUAAUACAGUAAUAAAGUAACUACAGGGAUUGAAGAGAGAGAGAGAUAAUCUGUAAGUGUGUGUGCAGGUGUGUGGGCAAAAAACCAAACAAAAGAAACAGUUCUUAAAACAGUUUAGAACAUUCUUGAGGUAACAUUAAGCCUAACAUUAACUGAUGAUGAUGGAGAUGGACCCAGCGCUGGAGAGUCCAGGUUUGAUUAUGCUGCUGGAGUGGAGGGGGUGUUACCACUGCAGUUGCUUUCUUGAAGUAGGCAUCAAGGGUUGCCAUUUUCUUUUUUUCAUGACAAAAUGGCCUUGUACCAGCUGAGGGGCUGUUUACAAGGGCAAAUGCUAAAGAAAAAAACAAAGGGAAACUAUAUACCCUACAUGUGCCCUGAAACACACUAGCUUGGGUAUGCUCAAGCUGACACCCAGAAUGAAAAGCCAUGAAUACUAGGCUGCCACUGAUGACUGCCAAAAAUAUUGCCAAAAGCAUUGCGUUGUUCGCUAGAGAUAUCCAGGACCAUCUCUAGGUAAUUUCUUAUCUCUAGCAAAAAGCUGUGAAUAUCUCUAAAGAAACUCUGUGACUAUGUUGCGUAGCUCUCUAAAGAUACUCAUGGCUUUUCUUUAGAUAUAUUUAUAUAGGGUUUAUGGCCAUCCGUGUGUUCAAAUGUACAGGUUGUUUGUAACCUGGGGUCUACUUGUAUAUGAAUAUUUUUGAAUAGGUAGUUAUAUUAUUGCAUUGGUUGUUAUUGUACCAUUGUUUGGAGAUUUUAUGACUGUAAACCAUCCUGAGGGCAUGUAUCAGUUGGGAGGUAUAUACAUUUAAGAAAGAUCAGUAAAAGUGAAAAUAUUGCAGAAGUUCCAUUUAAAGAUGCAAUGAAUGCUGUAGUAUCUUAGAGUAUAAAACUCUGAAAAGUAUAAAUGCAAGCUAUAAAA